AUGUUGAUAUGUUUUUCAGAAAGUUCUGUCCAAUUCCAGGUGUACCUGAUUCUCCUGGUCACGCUGUGUGCAGUGGCAGGCGAGGAGACACACCCAGGACUGGUGACAAAGAAUAGCGAACACGACCUUCUUGCUGAAGCUUCGCAGUCGGAAACAGCACAGAAGCGUGAAGGGUCUCUCUCCAACUCUUAUGGGGAACCGCUGCCGCCCGAUGCUUACGGCCCGCCCAAAGAUCAACCAAAUACAAGUAAACCAACCAUUUUAACUUAG